CCAAGUGCUUACUCAUUGUGGGAUUUGUUGAGUUUUCCCUGUAAUAUUGUAUUAUUGACCUCACUGUGUAAAGCACCUUGAGACAAUUUAUGUUGUGAUUUGGCGCUAUACAAAUAGAAUUGAACUGAAUUGAAUUGAAAGCUCACAGUUCACAGUCUUAUCCCCACGCUGUUCAUACAACUUCAUGCCACUCAUGUCAGUCUCGCAGAAAAGGUGUGACAGAAGAUACAGCUCCAUUCCACUCCGGCCCGGUAGGUGGCGGUAACGUGUCCACGGGCUGGUUUGACAAACCCAAAAGAAGCAGCGAGGAACCAUACACCAAUUCGCUGCUUAUCGAUACCAUUUUAUAUCUUUAUUUGAAAUGAGGUACGGACCGCAGAUCGAGCGCCACAAGUUUAACAGACUGUGUCGGGUGUCAUGAAACGAUAAGGACCUGAACGACCUCGGCGGUUCACCUGCUUGACGGCAUGUCUGCAGGGAUGCUCAGCACCACUACCAACAAGUUGAAUGUUUUGGUCAACAAGCUACAUGAGUUCCUGGCUCAUUCCACUGUUGAGGACAGCAAUGGCACUCCAACCUCAGAGGAUGCUGAUGGUCUGAAAAACCAGAGCUGUUCUGUGGGAAACUCAAAAGGUCACAAUGCAGCAGAGGCAGAUACCAGGUACUCAAGGAGAAAACCUUCUGUUGUCAUAAAGCACUCCGGACUGGAUGAAUCCGGAGACUCAAAUGCAAGUGAGGACUUGAAUUUACCAGUCAACGAAAAUGGUCACCUUGAUAUGGCUAGGCUGCCAAAAGGCACCGUAUUGGUCAGACCUGAACCUGUUGAAAAUGGAAGAGAUGAUUUCAGGGGUCCUGAGUUUCGCAGCCAGAAAUCCAACGUACUGCGGAAAGAGUUCUCCAGAAGACGUAGAGGAGUUGAACACAUGGGAAUCGUCAGUUGCACUGCAUGUGGCCGACAAGUGAACCACUUCCAGAGAGAUUCCUUCUACCGGCAUCCAGUUCUGAAAGUACUUGUUUGCAAGUCUUGCUACAAGUAUUACUUAAGUGAUGACAUCAGCAAGGAUGGAGAUGGAAUGGAUGAGCAGUGCAGAUGGUGUGCUGAAGGAGGCAACCUUAUCUGUUGUGACUUCUGUAGUAACGCCUUCUGCAAGAAGUGCAUUCUGAGAAACCUGGGAAGGAAGGAGCUGUCGGGCAUCUUGGAGAGCAAAUGGUACUGCUACGUCUGUAGCCCCGAGCCACUGUUCGGUCUGGUAAUGGCCUGCGACAGUGUCCUCGAGAACAUGGGGCGUCUGUGGCAUCAGCAGCGCAGGAGAAACCGGGUGGAGCCGCAGAAAUCUGCACUCUACGACAUGUUGCAGCACUUGCCACAAAACCUCCCCUUGGAUAAAUGGGAUCACACUGGUAUGGACGGUAACGUGGUGUUCAACUACAAUGCGCUGCAGAUUCCCAAGGACAUGACCAAAAAGGCCAAACAUUUAGUGGACUCCACAAACAAGUUGAACCGGACAUUUCUCAAUUUCAUUAAUACUGUGACGGCAAACAAACAAACGCCCGGCGUUCGCCAGUUGUACCUGAAGUCUUUUUUGUCAGUCGUUAAAGGCUUGCGGAAAUCCCUUAACGUAUUUGAGGAAAGCCUUAAGGAGGAAUUCAGUGACUUGGAGGUAUUCGGCUGCUGGGAGAAGUUCCUCAGUGAUGACUUGACACAACCUGUAACGGACACAGAGCUGGAUAUCGCUGAUGAAAGACACUUGGGUGACUUGCAGAAACUGGCAGCUGAACAUUUGGAAGAUGAUGAUUCUGACUCCAAGUGCUUCAUAGAUGAUAGAAGUACACAUGAGUGCCCCGGAGAGGACAUGGAUUCAGAUCCGCACAAAGCCCAGCAGAGUACACAGAAGGUAGGCCCGAAGCCCCCUGAAACGGGGCUCAGCAUGACUAAGAAACUAGUUGUUAAACUUACGCCCGUGCCUAUGGAGCAGGAGCCUCCCUCUCAUGCCUUGAAGUUGGAGGAGGACAUUCACACGAGGGAUAAAAAGCCAAAGGGAAAAGAUGCAUCCGACGAUAAAGAGACAGUUGUUGCAUGCGUUAGAAUUGACAGAAAGAUGAGCAACGACAGCACGAGUGCAUCUCUACACCUAGAGGAGGAACAAGGCAAUAGACGGUCUCCUCGCGUGAAGACGACACCGCUGCGUCGACCGAGUGACGUCAAGGCCAAAACGUCUCUUUCAGCCGCAGACAGCGACAGCGAUUCUGACCCCGAGGAAACCCCUACCACAGCACCAGCCAAAAACACAGAGGAACAAAGUCCGAGCCCAGCAAGAGAUGACUCUGACUCCGAUGAAGUCCCCACAGCUCUGCUUGAGCGAGCAGCCAUGACCCAAAGCUCAGAUGAAGUCCAGAGUGAUGAGGACGGUGGGAAAGCGUCAACCAAGUUGGCCAAGAAAUGUCUCAUUUGGCUCACUAAGACCACCCCCAUCUCACCGGAGAACAUGCGUCGCAAACGCAAGAUGCUGGAGCGCUCGCCCAAGUCUGACUCGAGCGACAGGAGAGUCAAAGCGCGGAGGGAGAGCGGGACCGAUUUCUCCAGUGACGAUCAAGACUCGCAGAAGAAAGUACAACACUUGAACACGCUGAUGCCAAUCAGCAAGCCCCACCUCAUGAAAAGAGAGGAGGAACGUGUGGCUAGAAAGCAGACGGGGAAGUCCAAGACUAAAUCUCGUCAGCAGGCGAUGGAAUCAUCAUCGUCGUCGAGCGAAGAAGACGGACGCGACGACGACUACUCUGCGAGUGACGGAAGUGACCAGAAGAUGAAGCCAAUCACCGACGAUGUGGUCUUACUGGGGGGAGCAGCGUUCAACCAAUCAUCAGGAGAUGAGGAGCAGUCUGGGCCCUCGUGGGCAGCAGAAGAUGAUGAUGAUCCAGAAAAUAGAAUCGCUAAGAAAAUGCUUUUGGCCCAAAUCAAAGCCAACUACUCAUCGGGUGAUGAUAUCUCUUCGGACGAGGAAACGCAGGAGGAUGAAUCCGAGUCAGAUGGAGAUAAGGGGGUCAAACGAACCACUGAGGAAAAUGGAGCAGAUGAAAAUGGGGACGACUUGGCUUCACAAUUGUCUGACACCAGCACGUCUGAUGAGCCCAACUUCAGGCACCGUCUGCUCCGACACAAACUCACCUUGGACGAGGGAACAUCGGGUGACAAGGGCCCGGCGGAGGGUGAAGUGGGGAAGCAGGAGAGCAAGAAACGAGCCAGCAGGAAACCCCUGAGCUCUGAUAGCGAUGGUGGCGAGAGCAGUGAGUCGAACCUGGACGACCUCGGCUUGAGCUUGGACCUGAGUCAGUCGGAGGAUGAGACCAAUGAAGAAAACGCCAAAAGCUCCACUAAAUCCACUAAAGUGAAGGAAGCGCCGAGCAGUUCUGAAAAGAAGAAACCCGUUCCCUGCAUUUGGUUGUCUGACUCCAGCAGUGAAAAGGAGCAGAGCGAUCGAGAAGAUGGAGAGGAGGGCACCGACGUCAGAGGAACACCGAAAGGACGCAAAAAGAUCCGUAAGAUCAUCGAGGACGAGAACCUCCGCGCCGAGACCCAGGAAGCUCUGAGAGAGGAGGAGGAGAGAUGCAAGCGGUUGGCGAACAGGGAGCAACACAUGGAGGACAGGAGAGAGAUCAUCGUCAUACCGGACGAGCUGUCCCAGGUGGUGUGUCCCAUCACCACGAAGCUGGUCCUGGACCAGGACGAGCAGACCAAGGAGCCUCUUGUUCAGGUGCACAGGAACCUGGUGACGAGACUGAAGCCUCACCAGGUGGACGGUGUCCAGUUUAUUUGGGACAGUUGCUGUGAGUCCGUGAAGAAGGCCAACUCUGCUCCAGGAUCAGGCUGUAUCCUGGCCCACUGCAUGGGCCUGGGCAAGACUCUGCAGGUGGUAACGUUCCUCCACACGGUGCUGCUGUCGACAAACCUGAAAUUCCGUACGGCACUGGUCGUGUGUCCACUCAACACCAUCCUCAACUGGGUCAGCGAGUUCAAGAAAUGGCAAGACAAUAUGGGAAAGGAUAAAGUCAAGGUUACAGAACUGGCUACAAUAAAGCAUCCCCCCGAACGGCUUCGCGCUCUGCGGACGUGGCAGAGGGACGGAGGUGUUAUGAUCAUGGGGUAUGAGAUCUACCGCAUCCUGUCACUGGCUAAGAAAAUCACCAAUGAGGAGUCCAAGACCGAGUUGAAGAGGAUCCUGGUGGAUCCUGGCCCAGAUUUCGUGGUGUGUGAUGAAGGACACAUCCUACGUAACGAUGCAUCCAACGUCUCCAGAGCCAUGAACGCCAUCAAGACUCUACGACGAGUAAUUCUAACCGGCACGCCAAUGCAAAACAACCUGGUCGAGUACCACUGCAUGGUCAACUUCAUCAAGAGGAAUCUUCUGGGCUCGCUGGGCGAAUUCCGAAACCGCUUCAUCAACCCCAUACAGAACGGCCAGUGUGCCGACUCCACGCCGAAAGACGUCCGGAUCAUGAAGAAGCGAGCGCAUGUGCUCCACGCAAUGUUGGCUGGAUGUGUGCAGAGGAGAGAUUACUCUGAGUUGACCCAGUUUCUACCUCCCAAACAUGAGUACGUGCUGGCGGUGCGGCUGUCUCCGCUUCAGUAUACGUUGUACCGCUACUACCUUGACCACGUCACUCGUGUCGUGACCAACGGAGGACAGAUGAAGAUCGGAGCGAACCUGUUCAAGGACUUCCAGGCACUCGGCCGAAUCUGGACUCAUCCCUGGUGCCUUCAGCUCAACGUCAUGAGUAAAGAAAAGAAGGGAUAUUUCGCAAAGAAGGCUCAAGUCAAAGCGGCAGCUCUGCUGAGAAACGAAGAAGUCACAAGGGCUAAGAGUGGACAGAUAGAGAACAAAGGCACAGAAGGAAACAACCCAAACAAUGGUACAAUGGUAAUCACUGAUGCAUCCAAAGCUGCUCCGGCAGCGGAAGGAGAGACGGCUUCAGUUGAAGGCUGGUACGAGAGUCUGGUGUCAGAGAGUGACGCCAAAGUCCUGCAGCACUCCGGGAAGAUGGUGCUCUUGUUCGAGAUUCUCAGAAUGGCUGAAGGCCUGGAUGACAAAGUGCUGGUGUUCAGUCAGUCCUUGAUCUCGCUAGACCUCAUAGAGGAUUUCCUCGCGGCCUCUCACCAUGCCAGAGACCCAGGAGCAUUCAAAGCAGGCAGCUGGAUCAAAAACAUCGAUUACUAUCGUCUCGACGGCUCCACCAAUGCUACAUCCAGGAAGAAAUGGGCGGAUCUGUUCAACAGUUCUGCCAAUGUCCGCGGGCGAUUGUUUCUCAUCUCGACGAAGGCCGGCUCCCUCGGCAUCAACCUCGUGGCCGCCAACAGGGUCAUCAUCUUCGACGCCUCGUGGAAUCCAUCGUACGACGUUCAGAGCAUAUACCGGGUGUACCGCUUCGGUCAGCUGAAACAAGUGUUCGUUUACCGCUUCUUGGCUCAGGGCACCAUGGAGGAGAAGAUCUACGAUCGCCAGGUGACCAAGCAGUCCCUGUCCUACCGGGUGGUGGACCAGCAGCAGAUCGAGAGGCACUUCACACUUUUUGAACUCAAAGAACUCUACACGUUUGAGCCGGACCUGCUGAACGACCCCAACUCAAAGAAAAGCAAGAGAAUCGCCUCUGCUUUGCCAAAGGAUACAGUCCUUACACAGCUGUUACAAACCUGUAAAGACCAGAUAGUGUCGUACCACGAGCACGAAUCUCUGCUGGACCACAAACAAGAGGAGGAGCUCAGCGAGGCCGAACGCAAAGAUGCCUGGGCCGAGUACGAGGCUGAGUCCAAAAUGUCCAGCCUCCCGGUCAACUCGAGCCAGGACUCCUUGGAUUUGAAGACCAAUGAACAGCUAUUGGAUUUGCUUAACAAGUCCAGAGCAAACGUGUCGGUGGCCUUCCUGUCGCUGCAGAGGAUGAGGUCUCACACUAUCGAGGACUACACGUUACACCUGCGGAUGCAGUAUCCUCAGCUGCCUGAAGACGAGGUGAAGAGCAAGGCUGACAUUUGGAGGCAGUGUGACGGGAAGGAGCAGGAGCGCAGACAGGCCUUUUAUCGGGACGUUCUUGCACAGCAACAGACGCUCACGCUCAGAAUUCAGGCCAUUCUGAACAGCAGAAGAAAUCAAGUGAUGCAGACGGCCGUGACAGCCGUGAUCCAGCCCGGACAGACGUGAACAGUCAAGCGUUGCCUUUGUCCUGCGACACAUUGCAGGGACCUUGUUUCAUCAUGACUGUGCAGGUGAAGUGAAUGUAAGGGAAGAGUGCACCUAGCAACGUCACAGUAGUCAUGUUCAGUUCAGUUUUAUAACUCUCUCCGCACUUUAGCUUACACAAGAUCUGUAGUUAGGUUGUGUAAAUGUUCCCUCAGCGUUGAGUAGUGGAUCAGAACAGAACUUUGGUCUUUGACACUGGAGGUUUAUUAAACGUGCCUUAACAUUUAAAUUUGAUUUAUGUUUAACAUUUUAUAUUUUUGUUGUUAUGUUACAAUAAAUUCACAAUAACUGAAA